GGAGGUGGAGAAGGAGGGAGGAACUUCCCAAAGUUGCAAAACAUGGCUACCUUGCCUGCCGAGCCGAGCGCGGGGCCCACGGCUGGGGGGGAGGCGGUGGCCGCGGCCGCGACCGAAGAGGAGGAGGAGGAAGCGCGCCAGCUCCUGCAGACUUUGCAGGCGGCCGAGGGUGAGGCGGCGGCGGCAGCCGGGGCCGGGGCGGGCGAGGCGGCGGCGAGAGCAGAGGGCCCGGAGUCCCCGGGCGUCCCAGGGUCGCCCCCCGAGGCCGCUGCCGAGCCGCCCACGGGCCUCCGCUUCUCGCCCGAGCAGGUGGCGUGCGUGUGCGAGGCGCUGCUCCAGGCGGGCCACGCCGGCCGCUUGAGCCGCUUCCUGGGCGCACUGCCCCCGGCCGAGCGCCUACGUGGCAGCGAUCCGGUGCUGCGCGCUCGGGCCCUGGUGGCCUUCCAGCGGGGCGAGUACGCCGAGCUGUACCGGCUGCUCGAGAGCCGCCCGUUCCCCGCCGCCCACCACGCCUUCCUGCAGGAUCUCUACCUGCGCGCGCGCUACCACGAGGCCGAGCGGGCCCGCGGCCGCGCGCUGGGCGCAGUGGACAAGUAUCGUCUGCGCAAGAAGUUCCCGCUGCCCAAGACCAUCUGGGACGGCGAGGAGACCGUCUACUGCUUCAAGGAGCGCUCCCGCGCCGCGCUCAAGGCCUGCUAUCGCGGCAACCGCUACCCCACGCCGGACGAGAAGCGCCGCCUGGCCACGCUCACCGGCCUCUCGCUCACGCAGGUCAGCAACUGGUUCAAGAACCGGCGACAGCGCGACCGGACCGGGGGCGGCGGCGCGCCCUGCAAGAGCGAAUCCGAUGGCAACCCCGCUACUGAAGAUGAAUCCAGUCGCAGCCCCGAGGAGCUGGAGAGGGGGCUGGCGCCCGCAACGGCCGAGGUGCCAGCUCAAGGUUCCAUAUUCCUGGCGGGGACCAGCCCCCCGGCCCCGUGCCCAGCCUCCUCCUCCAUUCUGGUGAACGGCAGCUUCCUGGCGGCUGGCAGCUCCCCCGCAGUGCUCCUCAACGGCAGCCCUGUCAUCAUCAACAGCCUGGCCCUGGGGGAGGCCUCCAGCCUGGGCCCGCUGCUGCUUGCCGGGGCAGGAGGGGCCCCCGCUCCACAGCCCAGCGUCCAGGGCAACAGCGAGGCCAAGACCUCGCUGGUCCUGGAUCCUCAGACUGGGGAGGUGCGGCUGGAGGAGGCCCAGCCUGAGGUGCCCCUGGAGACCAAGGGGCCACCGGGAGAGGAAGUGCCCGGCCCUCUGCCCCAAGUGGUGCCGGGCCCCCCACCGGCUGCCACCUUCCCACUGCCUCCAGGCCCGGUGCCUUCUGUGGCAGCACCCCAGGUGGUGCCACUGUCCCCACCCCCCGGGUACCCUGCAGGCCUGGGCCCUACCUCUCCUCUGCUAAACCUGCCUCAGGUGGUGCCCACCUCCCAGGUGGUGACCCUGCCUCAGGCUGUCGGGCCCCUGCAGCUGUUGGCAGCUGGGCCGGGCAGCCCUGUGAAGGUGGCAGCAGCAACGGGCCCUGCCAACGUGCACCUGAUCAACUCCGGGGUGGGCGUGACAGCCCUGCAGCUGCCUCCGGCCACCGCGCCAGGAAACUUCCUUCUGGCCAACCCUGUGUCUGGCAGCCCCAUCGUGACAGGCGUGGCCGUGCAGCAGGGCAAGAUCAUCCUUACGGCCACCUUCCCCACCAGCAUGCUGGUCUCCCAGGUGCUGCCCCCUGCCCCCAGCCUGGCCCUGCCCCUCAAGCCAGAGACGGGCCUCUCGGUGCCGGAAGGGGCCCUCCCCGUGGCCCCCAGCCCAGCUCUCCCGGAGGCACAAGGCCUGGGCCAGGUGACAGCAGCGCCGGCCCCGCAGCCAGCCCCGGCCCCUGCCAGCCUGCCCUUCCCGCCCGACUCCAGCCUCCUGCCCACCUUCCCAGCGGCCCCUCCUGAGGGGCUCCUGCUGUCGCCAGCUGCUGUGCCCAUCUGGCCUGCCGGCCUGGAACUGAGCGCAGGCACCGAGGGGCUGCUAGAGGCCGAAAAAGCACUGGGGACACAGGCUCCUCACCCCGUGCUGCGGCUGCCGGACCCUGACCCUGAGGGGCUGCUGCUGGGCACCACUGCCGGGGGGGAGGUGGACGAGGGGCUGGAAGCCGAGACCAAGGUCCUGACACAGCUACAGUCGGUGCCCGUUGAGGAGCCCUUGGAACUGUGACCUGCGGCUCUGCGCCUCUCCUGACUAUGGUGCUCGAGGUGCAGGGGGACCCCAGCGAGGGGCUGCUGCCAGCAAGAUCCCACACUGGGCCCCCCAGCCGCCUAACCUCGCCAAGCCUGGGGCUGCCCAGGCCCCAUCCCUCUGGCCUGGAGGACUCCUGUUACAGUGCCCCUUUGCCCCUCAUAUAUAUAUGGAGAGAUUAGGGGGUUCUGACUCAGGGGCUCUGUCCCCCUUGACCUGGUACUAGCUGUGAGCUGAAACCCUGCCCAGUGGCUGGGUUUUCAUCCCCUUGAGCCCUCGUCCUCUCCCUCCCUGAAACACUAUUAAUAGCACCACUGACACCCCGGGUUCUCAGAACCAACUGGAAUCCCAGGGUGCCCCGCGGGUGCCCUUGGCCCAGAGACUGACGAAACCUCCAAACUGGGCCCUUCUGGUGGAGGAGGCCUGGUAGGAUCCCCUGUAGCUCCUCCAGACAGAAGCCCUUCUGCCCACGUCAGCCCCAGACCAAAGACACCUCACCCCAGGUGGGGGUGGGGGCAACCCUGACCCUUGUGUCUAGUUUGUACUCUAAAUCGUUUAUUUUUCUAGGGUAUGUUAUGCCUCCGUUUCAAUUAAA